AUGGAAGCGGAAUACCCUGAGAGACCAACGAAACAUAUGAAGCUCGAGAACCCAGAAGUUCUUCAAUUUUUGGAUCUCGAAGCUGAAGUAUCAGAGGCGGAAACCGAUGAUGAGAAUAAUGGCAAUGAAGGUGAUCUUAUCGACGACGAUGAAGACAUCGAUGAUUCAAUCUCAGGAGAUGCGCACCGCAACCUUCUCCGUGAAGCGUUGAUGCCGUCCGAUGACGAUGUGUUUUGGGAAAGCUUUCUCGAGCGCGUCACGGCUCAUCGACAUAUUACGGAAGAAGACAUUCAAGAUAUCGGAAAACCGUCUUUAUGGGCGGUGCUUGUCAAGCCUGGGUAUGAGGAGGGGAUAGUCUGUCGAGUCCAUCGGCGGCUCAUGGACCCUAGGUUUCCUGCACAGUUUCGACCCCCAGCAGUCUUUGGUUGGAAGGCUCUACCUGGUAGAGUGUUUUUUGAAGGUGGUUCAGAGGAAAUGAUUUGA